AUGAGUCCCAGCAUCACUACUGAGGCCAACCAGCCUCUCCCUGCCAGGUCCACUGUGGCCCAGAGAAAACAAGCCAACGAACAGAGAAAGACUCUUAAACCCUUGUUGGAGAAGAGAAGACGUGCUCGUAUCAACGACAGUCUCAGUCAUUUGAAAAGUCUGAUUCUUCCUCUGGUUGGCAAAGAUAACGCACGCUACUCCAAGUUGGAGAAAGCUGAUAUUCUGGAAAUGACCGUCCGCUUCCUCAGAGACCUUCCUUCCACUCCUGUCAAAGAUUCUGCAGAGAGUUACAGAGAGGGCUACAAAGCUUGCCUCCAGCGCGUCUCCACUCUGCUCCCCAACACGAGCCUGGAUCAAGACGCGUGUCAGCGGGUGAACGAAUUCGUUCAGCAGUCCACAUCCACCACUGUCGCCCCAACCUGCCUGAACUGCUGCGCUCAGAGCUCCAGGACUCUCCCUCAGAUCCAACAGAGACUCCUGAGCCUCAAAUCCAGCUUCAGCUCCAGACCGGAGAGCCAGUCCCGCGGCAGCAGCGGCGCAGUGGCUCCCAGCCGAGCGCAGCCCGGCCCACAGGCUGUCAGCGCUUCCAUGUGGAGACCUUGGUAG